AUGAAGAAUGUCUUCAUACCUUCAAAACAUCUGGUAACAAAGAAUUUGGCCCACGGGUCCAUAUUGUGUACAUGGGAUCAAUUCAAGGGAAGGAGUACUUCCUAACCUCUCAUCAUCUCAGUAUGCUUCAAGAUGUUAUGGGGCAUAGAUGUUACAGAAGAAGCUUCAAAGGGUUUGCUGCAAAACUCACAGAUCAGGAAGCAAAAAAGAUGUCCAGUAUGAAAGGAGUAGUGUCUGUAUUUCCAAGUAAAACUUUCCAGCUUCAAACAACAAGAUCUUGGGAUUUCAUAGGUUUCAAAGAAAGUAUCAAACGCAAUCCUACUGUUGAGAGUGAUAUCAUCAUUGGUGUUAUUGACCCUGAAAUUUGGCCUGAAUUAGAAAGUCUCAGUGAUGAAAGUUUUGGUCCUGCUGCCAAAAACAAGAUCAUUGGAGCUCAGAGUUAUGUGGGAAAUGACUCAGCAAGGGAUGUUGAUGGUCAUGGAAACCAUACUGCUUCUAUGGCAGCAGGAAACAAAGUAAAAGAUGUUGGUUUCUAUGGACUGGCACAAGGAAUGGUAAGAGUAGGGGUUCCCUCUGCAAGGAUUGCUGCAUAUAAAGUCUGUGGUGACUUAUGUUCAUCAGAUGCAAUCUUGGCAGCUUUUGAUAAUGCUAUUGCUGAUGGAGUUGACAUUAUAACAAUUUCAAUUGAACACAUAGAGCCACUGGAUUUCAGUGAAGAUGUCAUAGCAAUUGCUGCAAGUAGACGGAUAGGAAGUUCAUCAACAAGGUCAUUCUGGGGAAUGGGAAUAUACAAAUGGAAUUGCUUUGAAGGGUGUUUGGACAAGAAUGCAGUUAAGGGAAAGAUCGUGCUAUGUGAUUCGUUUCAGGGAAUAUUUGUAUCUAAAGAUUCUGUUGCACUAGGAGCAAUUUCAAUAGAUGAUGGAAGUGGUACUGAUGUGGCCCCAUUGCCUGCUGCAGCAUUAACUGAUGUGGGCCAUAAUUUUGUCAAGUCCUACUUGAAUUCCACCGAAAAACCUGAAGCAGAAAUUUUAACAAGUGAAGCUAUUAUAGAUUCUAGUGCUCCCAUGUUUGCUCCCUUCUCAAGUUGCUGGCCAAAUUUUAAAGUACUAGAUAUUCUCAAGCCAGAUUUAACUGCACCAGGAGCAGAUAUCUUGGCAACGUAUUCACCAGAAGGUUUAGUCACAGGUGACAGUAAAGAUGAUAGGCAUGUCAAAUAUGCUGCGGCUGCCUAUAUUAAAACAUUUCAUCCUGACUGGUCUCCUUCAGCCAUCAAAUCUGCUCUCAUGACUACUGAUGAACAUCUUAUAUUUUGUAUUGUGUUUUUUAUCAUGGGAUAUGAUGCUGAUAAACUAAAAGCAGUAUCAGGAAGUAAUAGCACUUGUAAUACGAGUUCAGAAAUUGUCCCGCCUAAGGAUCUCAAUUAUUCUACACUAACGGCUGCUGUUCCAUCAGACCAGCCUUUCACCGUGACAUUUCAAAGGACAGUUACAAAUGUUGGCAAUGCAAAUUCCACUUACAUAGCCGAAGUUUCUGCACACUCUAAACUUAAUGUCAGUGUGGUUCCUACAGUUCUAUCUUUCAACUCUAUGAGGGAGAACGAGUCUUUUCAAGUGACUGUAACAGGAGGAGCUUUGAAAAUUUUCACGGUGGUGUCUACUUCAAUGUCAUGGUCAGAUGGCAGCCAUAUUGUUAGAAGUCCAAUUGUUAUUCACACGUAUCAUGGAUUAGGAAUUUGACCAGCGAAUGUUACUGGAGAAGCUGUAACAGAUUCAAAAGCCGUACAUUAACAUUUUUUUUUUUAUCAGCCAAGCCCCACAUGAACUAAUAGUGUCUGCAUCGUUAUUGUGGUUAGAUGGUGGCUACAGCAUUAGAAGUCCAAUCAUCAUUCACUGAUUUUUUCAUGUAUGCUUAAGGCCUUAAGAGGCAUGUUC